GCUCUCCUCGCUGAAUUAAAUCAUCUGACGCGCGCUGUCUCCCCGUUCUCGGGUGGAAUGAGCCGCUCGAGCCGGUUGCCCGAGCAUCAUCAUCAUCAGCAGCAGCAGCAGCAGCGGGACUGAAGCAGGUUGUUUGAGGACUGAAUGUCGUACUGACUUCUGAGGGGACUCGCAGCCGAGACGGGGGACGAGGACAGAGAGGCUGUUAGGAUGGCUUCAAACUUCAACGAUAUAGUGAAGCAGGGCUACGUGAGGAUUCGGAGUAAGAAACUGGGGAUUUUCAGAAGAUGCUGGCUUGUAUUCAAGAAGGCGUCCAGUAAGGGACCACGGCGAUUAGAGAAAUAUCCAGAUGAAAAAGCCGCUUACUUCAGAAGCUUUCACAAGAUUACUGAGCUCCACAACAUUAAGAAUGUUACUCGAAUGCCACGAGAGACCAAGAAACACGCAGUGGCAAUUAUUUUCUGCGAUGAGACGUCAAAGACAUUUUCCUGUGAGUCAGAGCUGGAGGCUGAGGAGUGGUGGAAGUUAUUGUGUUUGGAGUGUCUGGGCAGCAGACUUAAUGACAUCAGCCUGGGAGAACCGGACUUGUUAGCAGCAGGGGUGCAGAGGGAACAGAACGAAAGAUUUAACGUUUACUUGAUGCCGACCCCAAACCUGGACAUCUACGGGGAGUGCACAAUGCAGAUCACCCACGAGAACAUCUACCUUUGGGACAUCCAUAAUGCCAGAGUCAAGCUGGUCAUGUGGCCGCUCAACUCCCUGAGGAGAUACGGCAGAGACUCGACCUGGUUCACAUUUGAGUCCGGGAGGAUGUGUGAUACAGGGGAAGGUUUGUUCACAUUCCAGACAAGAGAAGGCGAGAUGAUCUAUCAGAGAGUUCACUCUGCCACGCUGUCCAUUGCUGAGCAACAUGAACGCAUGAUGAUGGAGAUGGAGAAGAGCUCACAGACUCUUUCAAACGAGAGCACAUUAACAAAGUCGAUAUCUCUCCCGCGAAGCGCUUACUGGCACCACAUCACGCGUCAGAACAGCGUGGGAGACAUUUGCAAUUACCAAGAGCUCACUGCCAGCUCAGAUCAUCUGUGGCACGGUAGCCUGACUGCAAUUUCCUAAGGUGAUGGAAACACACGUGGAUGGUGCCUGUUGGCAGGUCGCUGGGGCCACAGAGGCAUAACAUGUUUACCAAGCAUGCAGGACAAAUGGCGCUCCGACUGCCCUUGGGUUCAUACAGGCUCCCUCAAAUCCGCUUACAUCAAAAGUGUGACAUCUGGAUGAGAGGACACUUUCUGUGCCGCCUGAAUCAUGUACCAGAGCAGUUCUGCCACAUUCAACCCUCCUCCAACACACCUGCCUGGAAUUUUCAGGAAAACACAAUGGUGAUCGGACAUUCGGGAUGAGGAGGGUUGGAAAUAAACUCCAUUUGAUCUUCACCUAGUUCACACAAUUACAGAUACAGACACUUUAGGCUCAAGUCAUAUUGGUGAUUUUUUAAUGAUUGCUAAGCAAAGCAUUAUGUGUGGACAAGUAAGGUCAAGGUCUCCAAAAUUAAAUAUACAUAAAAUCAAUACCUGAAUCACUCAGAUAUCUGCAUUGAAACAUAAAUAAACAUAUCCACUAAAUAUCAUCUUAUCUACUUUACAAACUCUUAGUAGUCAGUACUGCAUUACAGUAAGUUAUAUACACAAACCAAUGUUCUAGUACAAAUAGUAAAGCAAAUGUUUCUCCAUACCUGUACAAACGAAAUGUAUGCCACUCUCAUACAUCUUUUUUUGCACUAUGAAUUUGCACAAAGCAUAGUGUGAUUGACUGCUUAUAUUAAACACUGAAUAUAUAUAUAUACAGUACUGUAUAGUGGUUGGAAAGUACUGCAGAUACUUCAGCAGUAAAUAUUGGGACACAGUACAUUGUCACAAAAUUGACACUUACAGACCCCAUUUGCUUCUGAAUUUACUGCAAUUCUUAUUUUUAGACUGUAAAGUUGUGAUGAAACGUAAGUAGUGGCAGAUCUUUUCUUCCAUAUUAACGUAUAUAUGUUUGAUGAGUUGUUGGAGUCAACUGUAAAAAAAUAAAUAAAUAAAAUAAUGAAUAAAAUGAAAAUGACAAGGCUUUGAUCAUAAAACAAAGCAUUUAAAUAUCAUUGUAAGACAUUAUUGGGAGAUAUAGAGAUACAGAGUGAAAACUGAUAUUUAUAUGCAAGUAGUCUGCUAUACUGUUAUAUCUCAUUGAUUUAAAUACAAGCUAUCAGUACAUGUAUAUCAUCUAACCUUUUUGGCCAUAUAAAUAUAAACAUAUUAUUGCUCAGUUUCGACCUCUGAAUAAAAUGUAGUGCAAUUCUGUAUAAUUUUUUUUUCUUGCGUGUGAGCUCUAUAAGCCAUGAAAGCCUCAUAUAUAGAACAUGAUACUCCAGGAAAAUUAAAUAAUGUAGACUCUAAUAAAUAAAAAUACAUAAAGGUUCAAAAAAAAAUUUCAUUAAAAAAAUAAUAAAAAUAAACAAAAACAGACUAAUUUUUAUGUCAGGCUUUACAUGAUUGAUUGGAGUAAUCUAGCAUAAGUCUGUCGUUUCACUGUAAGUUUGACGUUUUGAUUGAACAUUAUGAGGUUAAAAAAUAAAUAAAUAUAAAAUGUAUCCAUGGAUGAAUUGUUCACAAUAAUAUCUAUAACAUUCAUUUACAAAAUAGAUGAAAUGAGACUGGUCAAUUGAAAAAGAGCGGUCUCAUUUUAUUUCAUUAUUAUUAUUUUAUUUCAUUAUUACUAUUAUUUAUUUUUUGCAGGACAUUGUGUAUCUGAAAAGCACAAAUACACUGGAAAUAGUAUGCAGUUUUAGCAUACUAUUCUCAAAAAAAAAAAAAAAAAAAAAAAAAAAAACUAUGAUUUGGGACGCACUGAUUAUUAUUUAGGACGGAUAGUAUGCGAAUUGGGGACAGAGAGCUGGCAGGACUUGGCCCUCUUGUUUUGCUCAAAAAUGCAUUGGUUUUCCCACCCACCUGUAACAAGUACAAUCUUCAAUGCAAUACCUGUACGUUUCUCAGAAGCGGCUCACUUGGAUUGUAAAUCAGGUCUGUGUCAUUGGUCGUGAUCUUGUGUUUAUUUGAGUCAGUGCUCUAUACAUGCUAGGAUUGUUAAGAAACACUUGGAGAACAGGUAUCCUCGUCUCACCCUUGAUAUUCUACUCCUCCUCAUCCAUAAUUGAUCACACAGUCACCUCUAGAAAAUCGAGUUAAGCCAUCUUCCUCUCCUGCGAGCGUGCCAAACACUGAUAGGUGGAGAGCUGCCAAGAUCUUUUUUCCCGUCUUGUUUGAGGAACACUGCGAUAUUAAUGCACAAAGGCGAUCAAUGCUGCAUUCAAAAGCACAAGUUAAUCAAUGCACAGAAAUGUGUUUUGCCGUACAGUUCUUAUUAUCUUUACUCGAA